CUGUAUUUCGGCCACCAUACCGAUCGUCUUUUCCUCUAAACUCUGCUGUGCUUCCGCAACUUUGGUUGUCGUCUCCAACCAACAGAAAUCUCUUCCUCUCAAAUUCCCAAUUCAGGUAAAUCAAUCCAAUACCACUUUUUCCUCUUCAUUUUGCUGUCGUUUGUGAAUUAUGAACUCACUUCUCAGAAGAACAACAAAACCCAUUACCAAAACCCAAAUAUUAUCGUCAUUAUUCCCUCUCAAACUCACCCCAAUCGAAUCCAACCAAAAUCCACGUCCCAAACUUCCCCAUCUCCAAAACCCUUCAAGGGUUUUGCAGAUUCGUCCCUUCUCAACCCAGUUUCCCGAGUACGAAAUGCCCUCGGUCACCUGGGGCGUUGUCCAGGGCCGAAAGGAGAAACUAGUUUCAAAAGUCAUAAUUUGCGAUUAUCUUAAGAGUUUAGGAAUAGUUACUGAUGAAUUGGAAAGCUUGGAAUUGCCCUCCACAGUUGAGGUCACGAGAGAGCGAGUUGAGUUUCUUCAGAGGUUAGGAUUGUCUAUUGACGACAUUAAUGAAUACCCUUUAAUGUUAGGUUGUAGUGUGAGGAAAAAUAUAAUUCCUGUUUUGGGCUAUUUGGAGAAGAUUGGGUUGCCAAGAUCCAAACUUGGUGAGUUUGUUAAGAGCUAUCCUCAGGUUUUGCACGCUAGUGUUGUCGUUGAGCUUGCGCCCGUUGUUAAGUUUCUUCGCGGUCUUGAUGUCGAGAAGGAUGAUAUCGGAUACGUCUUGCAGAAGUAUCCUGAGCUUCUCGGGUUUAAGCUCGAAGGGACUAUGAGUACUUCUGUUGCUUAUCUUGUUAGUAUUGGUGUUAGUCCUAGAGAUAUUGGUCCAAUGGUCACUCAAUACCCUUAUUUUUUGGGGAUGAGAGUUGGGACGAUGAUUAAACCGCUUGUCGAUUACUUGGUUUCGUUGGGUUUGCCUAAGAAGAUUUUGGCUAGGAUAUUGGAGAAGCGGGCUUAUAUACUCGGUUAUGAUCUUGAAGAGACUGUUAAACCCAAUGUGGAUUGUUUGUUGAGUUUUGGGAUUAGGAGAGAAGUACUUGGUUUGGUUAUUGCGCAGUACCCGCAAAUCAUCGGGCUGCCUUUGAAAGCCAAGUUGUCGUCCCAGCAGUAUUUCUUUAACUUGAAGCUCAAGAUUGAUCCCGAAGGGUUUGCGAGGGUGAUAGAGAAGAUGCCACAGAUUGUUAGCCUCCAUCAAAAUGUGGUAUUAAAACCGGUUGAGUUUCUUCUUGGAAGGGGGAUACCGUCGGAGGAUGUGGCCAAGAUGGUUGUGAAAUGUCCGCAGUUGGUUGCAGUGCGACCCGACCGCAUGAAAAACAGCUUUUACUUUUACAAGAGUGAGAUGGGGAGGUCAAUCAAAGAGCUUGUGGAAUUCCCCGAGUACUUAACUUACAGCUUGGAGUCGAGGAUUAAACCGAGGUAUCACAGGUUACAGAGCAAGGGCAUUAGGUCUUCACUGAAUUGGUUUCUCAACUGCAGUGACCAGAGAUUUGAAGAGAGGUUACAAGGGCAUUAUAUCGAAACAGAGAGGUUGGGACCCUUUUUUUGUAUGGGCGGGAAGUUAGAGCUACCGGGUAGGGAAAUUGUGUCGGAUGAGGAAGAAGAGAACGAGGAUGAAGUACUUUACAGAAGAACUGUUUCUCUGUAACAAAAUUUGGUUGGUAAUACUAGUGAUGUAUUUUCAACUCAAAAUUAUAUUCAUGGUAUUUUUGUAUCAGUUGUGCUUAUCUCUUUGAUUUUUCUUCCUG